GACUGGCGGCGCUCCAGAAGCUUGGCUACGCCGACGAGCACCCGCUCAUCCAGGCGGCGCGGCAGGAGCUCGCCACCCUGGAGGCUGAAGAGCGUCGCGCUCAGCCCCCUGAGCAGCUCUUGGUCUCCCUCCAGAAGCGUGUGGAGGUGGCGCGGGCUAGAGCCUCUCAGCUGGCGGACGACCUCGGCGAGGCCAUCGCGAGGGUCGACGACCUUCGCAGGCAGCAGGGUGUGGCCGACAUGGAGGUCAAGAACCUGGAGGUGGAGGUCCAGGCUGCCCAGCGCGCCGUGGCGGCCUCGGCGGCGGGCUCCAGUGGCGUCGACUUGGCAGCCCUCGCCACCACGUUGGUGGGCCUCCAGGCCACGCUCGCCAGUGCCCCUGCACGCGUCGCCAGUGGGCAGGGUAUCACAGUCUUGGAGGCGAUCGGGCAGCAGGUGCUGCGGCUGCCCCCGUUGCCGCUGGAGCAGGAGGCCCGCCAGGCUCCCCGCCAGCUGCCACAGCUGCCACGGCUCCCCCUGCCGCGGCGCUGCCUCCUGGCGCUGCCCACGCGUUUCGCGCUGGCGGGGGAACCGCCGCUGCAGCCUGGGAAGCCGCAGGUGAGGCCGACAUGGAAGGCUAGACACCGCGGGCGUCGUGGCAGCGCCCGCGUGAAGGCCUCUUUCGUCACCUACAACGGCUCGUCCUGGGCUUCGUGCAGGGAGUUUCUGACCUACUGCGACCUUGGCAUCCAG